AGGAACGCCAAGCCAGUGGAGUCCGGGAAGUCGAGCAGCGCAGACGCGUCGUGCACUGUGCGUUCUUCUCGUAGCGACCAGCCGUGAUCAGCGACAACACGACGACAACGACAGCGAAGGUGGCAACCAACGUUGCGACGUAACGAUUGCGAUCAGCGGGACGAGUCAUCGGUGGGCAGUGACGAUUAAUGGGUCCUUGAAGGAGCCGUGCGCGUUCGCGAUAACCACAUAUCGCAGUGGAUACUCACGGUUGUUGUUGCAAGGAAGGACUGUACCGGCGGGAGCUGGAGGCGCUUCUCUCGCUGCCGCAGGUCAUGUCGACGCAAACGUUGAGUACCUGGUGACAGAAGGAGGAUCCGAGGUGAGGAUCGAAGGGUAGGACCAAAAGGACCGUCUGGUAUGCCUUGUCGCGAGUGAGGUGAUUUUUCUCUGACUUUUCUCCAAGAGAAGAACAAUAAAGUGGAGAUUAGGUCCUGGAGAUCCUGGUGGAGGAACGGAGCAUAGUGAGGGAGGUGAAAGAGGGAACAACGGAUUGAUCGGGGGAGACGGAAAGACGUACGAACAAGAGUGUCGUCGUCGCGCGCGCGAGGAGGGAUGCCUACGAAGGGAGAGAGGGGAAAAGCGACGGACUUCAGCAUCGCGGCCAUCAUGGCGCCCAGGGGUCCGUCCUUCGGGCAUUACCACCUGCAGGGCAUCGGCAACGCUGCUGCCACUGCUGACACCAGCCUGGAAUGCCCAACUGGCAAAGGAUUCGUGGCUGACGCCACGCUGGACGAUCGUGUUCAGUCGUCGCCGGUGAACAUCGUUGCGACCGCGACGGUGGUGACGGAGGAGGCCCUCCUAGCCGACGAGGAGGCGGAGAACUGCGAGGGUGAGAGCGAGGGCAAGUCCGCGAACGAGGAGGACGAAGAGGUGGACGUCGACGUGGAGGAGUGCAGCAGCGUCGACGACGGCCCGGUUCACGGGGUGCUGGCCGACGACCUCAAUGGCGUCGGGGCGCCCUCGCGGAAGCGCAAAAGCGUCAACGUGGACGGCUGCAACGCGGACGAGAAGAAACAGCAGCGCUUGAGGACCAGCUGCAACUCCGAGGAGCUGCGUGACGUCGAGUGCCACCUCGAGACCAAGGAGCUCUGGGACAAGUUCAAUGACCUUGGCACGGAGAUGAUCAUCACGAAGACCGGCCGACGGAUGUUCCCGACGUGCCGGGUGUCCUUCAGCGGGCUUAAGUCCGAGGGCCGUUACGCCGUGCUGAUGGACAUCGUGCCGGUCGACAACAAGAGGUAUCGAUACGCCUAUCAUCGUAGCUGCUGGCUGGAAGCUGGCAAAGCGGAUCCGCCGGCACCCGCGCGACUUUACGUACAUCCCGACUCCCCCUUCACCGGCGAGCAGUUACGGAAGCAGGUUGUUUCCUUCGAGAAGGUGAAGCUGACGAACAAUGACAUGGACAAGCAUGGCCAGAUCGUCCUGAACUCGAUGCACAGGUAUCAGCCAAGGAUACACUUGGUUCGCUGUCGACACACCGACGACAGCGGUCUGCACAUCACCGACCUGCAGAAGGAGGAGCACAAGACGUUUAUCUUCCCGGAGGCCAUUUUCACCGCCGUCACGGCAUAUCAGAAUCAGCUGAUAACGAGACUGAAGAUCGAUAGUAACCCGUUCGCCAAAGGUUUCCGAGACUCGUCAAGGCUCACCGACUUCGAUCGAGAUCCCAUGGAGCUCAUGGAGCAGCAACUGGUGAGAUGCGGUGUCCCCUCGGUGAGGCUCUACGAGCACCUGGCCAUGUCGUCGCCGGUCGCGGUGGCCGCGGCAGCAGCCGUCGCUCUUGGCGCCCAGCAGCAGCAGCAGCAGCAACAGCAACAUCAUCAGCCAUCCGCGCAGCAACAGCAACAACAACAGCACGAGAACGCGUUGUCGCCCUGGUUGUCGCCGUCGACGCUUCUAUACGGCACUAGGACAGGUUCACCCUACUCCAACGUCGUCGCCGCCGCCGCUGCUGCCGCCGCCGCCCCCAGCUUUCCGUAUCCGGCGGCGCUGCCGUGGCCCUGGCAACCACCACCCCCUGUAGCGAUGAUCUCGCGACGGUCGUCGCCCCCCACUGCCACCAGCCUCAGGUACGCGCCCUACCCGCCGACGGCCAGCACACCCCCGCCGUUGCGGGCACGCCCGACCAGCCCCAAUUAGCGAUCCCCUCUGGCGUUAGCGACUCGCCAACCGCGGCGUUAUCAUCGUUCCUCCUCCCUUUGUCUGUGAUCGCGGGACCGAGUCGGGACAUGUGUCCCCGACGACGGGCUUUCGCCUCGUCGGACGAUUCGGAUCGCGGACGAGGCGAUGUGGAAGUAAGUGGCAUUUCGUUGCAGUUUCGGGCUGUUGCCUGUUGCUGAUUAAAUUGAAUCUGAACGGCAGAUUUGAAUGACAUUUUCCGCUUAGCGGCAUAGGUGCUACACUGUAUAAGAUAAAUGAUAUGCAAUGAAAUGCAAGUAAAAAUGAUAUUGUAUUGUAUGACAGGUCGAACGUACCUUUAUAAAAUUUCAAUAAAAAUUUUUUCUAAUUCUUUAUCAUUAUCUCUAAAAGUGGCGCAUCUACUAGUAGCUGUUACAGCUUUUGUUUCAGAUUUUCUUUUAUUUAUAUAUGUUAAUAUUUUGUUAAUUAAUAAUGUGUUAAAUUUGCACAAAUUUGUGUUCUUCAUACUUUUUUAUUCGUGUGAGUUUAUUUAUGACAUGUGAUAUUUUGCUUAAAUACUUUUUAUGUUGAUUUUUAUUUUCAAUGAUAUAUUAGCAAUUUUUGUUAAUAAAUUAUAAUAAAUGGAUAAACUGUAUAUUCGUGAACUGCUGGGUUUUGGAGACAAACCGGGAAUAUUAGCUUCUGGCUGUCGGACGUAGAUCCGAGAUCGAUGUAGAUCCGCCACGCACUGAAACUCGAGCUGCUUGAUUCGUCACGUUUCUCGAUUCGUGACGAGUGUCACUUGGUACCAUAUCGCGAAACACGUGUGCGGAAAGCGAUGUGCCGCGGUACAUUGCGAUGAUUGCGACGGUGAGUUAAGCACCGUAUUCAGCAUUCUUGCGUCCGUGUUUCUCCUUAAUAUCCAGGUGCAGCCAAAGAACUAUCCCUAGUGCUCAGUGUUAAUCGCGGACCGUAUAACACGUAGAUAUUUAUAAUAUAUUAGAUGUAAUUCUGUGUACAUGUCUCACAUUUCAUCAAUAUUAAUGCAGGAACUGGAAGCGUUUUCCCGUUUUCUGAUUUUCGCCGUAGGUUGCUCGAGAGUACCAGAAGAGACGAAAGCCGCGCGAGUACGCGCGGAAUUUCCGAUUCUGUUUCCGAUCUCGCUCGACUUGUAAAUAGUAAAUGAUAUCACGCGCGUUAGAAUGAGCAAGCUCUAUCAUAAUGUAACAAUUGCAAAUGUGUAUAUGUGUAUGUGUGUGUGGGUGCAUGUUCCGUGUACGUCUCCGAAUAUGUAAAUGUGAACGUAUGUGUGAGAGUACGUGCGAGUGUUAGAGAUGUAACAUUGAUGCGUAUAAUUGUAUCAUAUACCGCGAUAGUAUUAAAGCGUCUUACACAGGACGAUGUAAUUUGUACAUAAAGAAAUCUUUCAUGAUAGUGAGUAGUUCAAUGAUUGAUGUUUACGACGAAAAUAAAUGAAUUUUCAUUAAA